AUGGGUCGCGUCAUUCGUGCUCAGAGGCGAUCUCACGCCAUCUUCAAAGCCCACACCCACCACAACAAAGCACCCGCACGUAUACGCACCCUUGAUUAUGCUGAGCGUAAUGGGUACAUUCGUGGACUUGUAAAGGAAAUCAUUCAUGAUCCUGGUCGGGGAGCUCCUCUUGCCCGUGUCGUUUUCCGCGAUCCUUACCGAUACAAACUCCGAACCGAAACAUUCAUUGCCACUGAGGGUAUCCACACCGGCGCUUACGUUUACUGCGGAAAGAAGGCGACCCUCUCCGUAGGGAAUAUCCUUCCUGUGGGCAACCUGCCCGAGGGUAUCGUCAUUUGCAACGUAGAGGCCAGGCCAGGUGAUCGCGGUACGCUCGCCAGAACAUCGGGCAACUAUGCUACAGUCAUUGGUCACAACGUUGAUGAUCAAAAGACCCGUAUUCGCUUGCCGAGUGGUGCCAAGAAAACUAUUUCCAGCAGGGCUCGUGCAACUAUUGGCAUUGUUGCAGGUGGCGGACGUAUCGACAAGCCAUUAUUGAAAGCAGGGCGGGCCUACUACAAAUAUAAAGCUAAACGCUACACUUGGCCUCGCACUCGUGGUGUUGCCAUGAACCCGGUUGAUCACCCUCAUGGUGGUGGUAACCACCAGCACAUUGGAAAAGCCUCGACAGUACCAAGAAGCGCAGUUCCUGGUCAGAAAGUCGGUCUCAUUGCCGCUCGCAGGACUGGUCUGCUUCGUGGUACGAGCAAGAAGAAGGAUCACUGA